AUGGACACCGGCGCAGACCUACAUGCCCUCACUCUAGCCGCUCGUUACGGUCGGGUUGAGAUUGCCCGCUUGUUGCUGGACGCAAACGCCCCUCUCGAAGCCGAAGAUGGAAACGGAGAAACCCCAUUGACCAUGGCAGCUAGCAAAGGUCAUGAUGGUUUAUUGCAAUUAUUGAUCGAUCGCAAAGCCAACAUUGAGGCUACUGGCCGCAAUGGCAGCACCCCCCUGACGGUAGCAGCUUAUGAGGGUCAUGUGCGAAUUAGUCGUCUGCUACUUGAUCAUAGCGCGAACGCGAACACAAGAGAUGAUGACGGCAUCACGCCAUUGCACUUAUCAGCCAGAAAGAAUCACCACCACGUGGUCAGGCUCCUUUUGGAUAACGACGCCGAUGUCGAUGCCAAGGAUCAAUGGGGCUUGUCUCCAUUAGCAGCAGCUGCGUAUGAAGGCUUCGAACAGACGGGGCAGCUUUUGCUAGACAGGAAAGCUUGCAUCGAGUCAAGCGCGAACAACGGGAGGACCCCACUGAUAUGGGCAGCUGCCAAUGGACACCAUCACAUGGUUCAGUCGCUCAUGGAUAAAGGUGCGGACCUUGGAGCCAGAGAAGUGGGUAGUCGAACUGCGCUGGAGCAUUGCCUGUAUAAUGAUGAUCUUGCAACCACCCGCGUUGUUCUAGGGAAACGCCUCCCGAAAGAACGACAAGACAUACGCCUCGACAGAGCUAUGAACAUAGCGAUAGCGAAGGCCUUCAACGAAGUGGUUCGGCUUUUGUUCAGGGAAGGAUGUAGGAUAUUCACCAAUGACCAGAAAAGCGGCUUUUUGAAGUACGCAAAGGACAGUGCGGAAGAUAUGGGAGAUGACAAAGCUCAGGCAAUGAAUGAGAUUAUUACGAUAUUGGAGGACGCCAUCACACCCGGAGAGCGAGGACGAUCUUGGUCGCCGAACGCCUAUCAACAGAGCCGCAGCAGCACUGAUGACAACGGAAAACAUGAUGACCCUAGGUGGAAACAUAAGGUCGCCAGCUUCCGAACGUCCACAACAUCAGGACUCAACCUCGAUGCAAUCAACAAGACGGCGCAAUACUUUGUCGACUACCCUCUCGGACCCCCGUACAAGAAGAUCUUUGGCGAACUCGGCGAGAGGACAAAGAUCUUGCGCUCAUGGAUUGAGGCAUUGGAGGAGAGGACGCCAAAGGGACAGCGGCUUGUGGGGGCUGAGAGAGACUUCUUAGCCGAGCAAAUCGAACGAGUCGCGGCAUCCCUGUACCCUUUCCUGCAAUCUCCGCCAAGAGACCCUCACAGCCGGUCACCCCUCGCGGAUCUUCGGCGAAGCUUUGGGAGUGCGGAACCCCCUGUUCGUCAGCCCCAGCAGCAGCAGCUCCCAGUCGUCCCAGUCGUCGAGGACAGCGUCGAUGCAGUUGCCGGCGCACCGGCAGCAGCGGCCGACGCUACCUCCAGGAGGCAAGCGGACGACGGCAUCUAUAAGCCGAAAAAUGCGGGAAUCGUCAUCCCCACCGGAUCUGGCACGCUGCGAUUCGCUUGCCAUCUGGUGGCGUCGCUGACGCGCGUGCACCGAACCACGCUACCGAUCCAGAUUGUGUACGCCGGCGACGAGGACUUGAGCGAGGAGGACCGUGAUACACUUGUUCAGGCCGCUGCCACGGGCGAUGAUGGCCACAUCGAGUUCCUGGACAUUACAACAGUGUUCAAUGACACCACUCUGAGAUUGGCGGAGGGAGGAUGGGCGAUCAAGCCGUUUGCCGCGCUCGGCAGUCGCUUCGAGGAGGUGAUUCUCCUGGACGCCGAUGUCGUCUUCAUGCAAGCGCCCGAACAGCUGUUGCAGCAGCGAAGCUAUCGCGAGAAAGGCGCGCUGCUCUUCCACGACCGACUCCUUUGGAAGGGCCAGUUCCCCGAACGACACGAUUGGUACCACGAGAUGAUUAAGCGCCCGAGCGAAGAACUGUCGAAAUCGCGUGUCUGGACAGAGAGAUACGCCGAGGAGGGAGACUCUGGCAUCGUUGUGCUUAACAAGGGGCGGCUGGACGUGCUCAUCGGUCUGCUCCACAUCGGCUGGCAAAACACCUAUGCAGUGCGCAACUCUUGGACGUAUCGGAUUACCUACGGGGACAAGGAAACUUACUGGAUCGGUCUGGAAGUGACAGGAUCAAAAUAUUCCUUCUCCAGGCAUUAUGGCGGCAUGGUUGGCUGGAGAUUUCCGAUCCGCGGAGUGCAGACGGAUAUGACACAGGUGUGCAGCUUCGUGAUUGCACACGUGGACGAGGUGGAUAAUCUGCUGUGGUACAACGGCGGGCUGCUGAAGAAUAAGAUGGGCAACGCGACAGAGUUCGAGGUUCCGACGCACUGGAUGAUUGACCAGCAAUGGGUCAAGGGUGCGAAGAAGAAGGACAUGAGCUGCAUGGUCGGCACAAACGUGAGAGAGCUGCUGGAUCAUGAGAAGAAUGUCCUGGGCAAGAGCAUAGAGGCUGCCCAAGAUGUUGAUGUUUCGCUUGAGUUGGUGUAA